UGAUACCGAUCUUGAUGCUGAUCGUCUUUGGCGUAAUCAUCAUGGUCCAACCUGGAAGAUCUUUUCUGCAGCGUUCCGACCUUGAUAAGCCCAAGGCACAUGUUGCUAAGCCACCAGCAACACCACCGGAUACUACACCUACUUUCGAGGUAAGUAAUGCAUCGUCUAUGCAGAACCAACCGCAGAAGAAAGUUGUUUCUACUGGUACUUCAUCGAGCCGCUCCACCAACAUCGUGUGCCACCGCUGCAAGGGCAUGGGAGAUGUCAUGAAGGAUUGCCCAAGUCGUCGUGCAUUUAUUGCUACCAAUGAUGGAGGGUAUGUAAAUGCUAGUGAUGUUGAAGAUGAUUUGGCUCUUGCUGCUAACUAUGUUGCAGAUUUAGAGAGCGAAGCAGAGGCCACUGAUCCUAUAAUUGCUACUGUGGGUUACAAAUCUAUUCUUGUACAGCGUGUGUUGAGUACAUAGCUUGAACACGAGCCGGAGAAGCUACAACACCAUAAUUUGUUCAACAUAUUCCUCAUUGUCAAGAAUUAUCGUGUUCAUACAAUAAUUGAUAGUGGGAGCUGCAAUAACUUGGUUAGUUCGGAUUUGGUUAAGAAGCUUUGCUUGACCGCAUGUGUUAAUCUCAAACCUUAUCACCUCGAAUGGUUUAAUAAUAGUGCUAAGGCAAAGGUAACUCAAUCAGCAAGAAUACACUUUUUCAUUAGUUCAUAUCAUAAUUAUGUUGAUUUUGAUGUUGUAACAAUGUAAGCAUGUUCGCUUUUAUUAGGUCAUCCAUGGGAAUAUGAUACUGAUGAUUUACACCAUGGUAGAACUAAUACAUAUACUUUGAUGCAUAAGGGCAAGAAAAUUAUUUUACUUCCUUUAACUCCAACUGAAAUUGUGAACAUGAUAAAAAAAGAUUGCUGAAAUUUCUAAGAAUGAUCAUGCUUUAAACCCACCCACCCAAGAGAUUAAGUUGAAAGGAGAUGCUUUAUUUGCUAAGACAUCUCUUAAUGCUAAAAAUUAUAUUGAUGCAGCACCACGCCGUACCAUGAUUUGCAAACAUGUUUCAUUUUUACAUGAUCCUACUCCUAUAUCUAGCAAAUUACGUACUGCCGUCACUAACCUUUUGCAGGAGUUUGAUGGUGGGAUGGAGUCGAGGACGACUCCAAUUAAGAAGGGGAGGAUGAUGAGGACAUCACCAUGCUGGAUACACCCGAGAUUUGGUCUUCUACGAGUUACAACUCGUCACCAACUUGGUCUUCACGUCUGGUUCGGACUCAGGCGACCACCCUGAACGGAAACGCCGUUAUCUCCUUCAUACGACGUCGAAACGAGACGUUCUUUGAUGCGUUGGAAAGAAGAUAAUGUAAGUUUUCUUUUGGUUUUGGUCCGAGCUCUAGAAGUUUUAUGGAUCAUUCUGUGUGACCAUGAUAAGGUGCUGCAUCACCUAUUUUGGGUCAAGUCGGCCUUGUAUCAUAUUGCUCGUUAAGCCUAGGUUGAGGACGCCCCCACCUAGUUGCCCUCAACCCUAGGAUGUCCCCCCUUCGGUAUAAACUCAGUGGCAGCCGCCACAUUAGGGUUUGAGUUUUAUUUAGUUCUAGUUUUUUAUUGAGAAA